CCUCCCUCUAUCAAACUGCACAGUCCUGCUACAGUCUCGAGCAGUCCUCUCUCCUCGUGUCUUCUUGUGAUCAACAGACAGUCAACCAUCAUGUUUCAGACCCACAGCCUCAUUGGUGGACCCAGCAUGGUCGUCAGACAGAGCCGCAGCUACACAUCAAGUGCUGCUCCCAACAAGGCUCACAGCGUGUCUGGAUACAGCUACAGAUCAGGCCCCCGCAUCUCCUCUGCCAGCUCACGCAUGGUCUCCUCUGGGUUUGGAGGCGGCAUGGGGUACAGCAGCGGUGGGUUCGACCUGUCCAAUGCCUUGGACCAGAGCAACGUGCAACUGAACGAGAAGGCCACCAUGCAGAACCUGAAUGACCGUCUGGCCUCCUACCUGGAUAAGGUCCGCUCUCUGGAGUCGGCCAACUCCAAGCUGGAGAUUCAGAUCCGAGAGUACUACGAGAAGAAGGGCCCUGCAGCAGAGAGAGACUACAGCAACUACUGGGCCAUUAUCAAUGACCUGAAGGACAAGAUCGCUGCCGCCACCAUCGGCAAUGCCAACAUCCUGCUCCAGAUUGACAACUCCAAACUGGCUGCUGAUGACUUCAAAACCAAAUUCGAGCAUGAGCUGAUGAUGCGCCAGUCAGUCGAAGCCGACAUCGCCAACCUGCGCCGCCUGCUGGACCAGACCACCUUGACAAAGGCUGACCUGGAGAUGCAGAUUGAGGGCCUGCAGGAUGAGCUGGCCUACCUCAAGAAGAAUCACGCAGAGGAGUUGGCAGCACUGCGGUCUCAGCUUACUGGCACAGUCAAUGUGGAGGUGGAUGCUGCACCCCAGCAAGACCUCAACAAAGUCCUGGAGGAGAUCCGCUCCCAGUACGAAGCCAUCACUGACAGACAUCGUCGCGACCAGGAGGCAUGGUUUAAUGAGAAGUCGACAAGCCUGUCCAAGGAGGUGGCCAUCAGCACAGAGACAAUCCAGACCACCAAGACAGAGAUCAGUGACCUGCGGCGCACAAUGCAGGGCCUGGAGAUCGAGCUGCAGUCUCAACUCAGCAUGAAAGCGGCGCUGGAAAACACACUGGCGGACACAGAUGCUCGUUACAGCCACAUGCUCGCCGGUUUCCAGAACACGAUCAACAUGUAUGAGGCAGAACUCUCCAACGUACGUGCAAGCAUCGAGCAGCAGGGCCAGGACUACAGGAUGCUGCUGGACAUCAAGACCAGGCUGGAGCAGGAGAUUGCAACCUACAGGAGCCUGCUGGAAACAGAGGAGUCCAGACCCAUUGCUACAGGGGGCACAAAGACCACAGUCACAACCACCACUGUGCGCAGUUCCAGCUAGGAGAUCCAACUGGCAGGACAAGCUGUUCUCAGACACGCGCACACACACGAGCAGAGUUUGAUUAAUAAAAGCUGUUACACGAGAUGACUGAAACUGUAAUGAGGAAAUGAAGGAGAAAACUGAGACUGUUAGAAGCAGAGCCUGUGUUAAAGUUUAAGUAUGAAACAACAUUUGCAAUUUAGAACAAAUGCCUGACCUGUUGUGUGUGUGUGUGUGUGUGUCUGUGUAUCCAGUCUAAAAAAUAAAACUGCUGGUGCAUAAAA